ACAUAUUUACCAAAUAAUAGUCAGCGCGCCGGAAGGAAAAUCAAAUCUUCUCCGCUGUCCCCUGCACAGUAUCGACUCGACAGCUGCCCAACGCACACGCGUAUCUAGACUGGACUUUUUAUUCUCAACGCGCGCCGUACUUCAACGACCGAGUCAUGGAUCCAAGCAAGCAAACUCAAUCGUCGACCAGUGGCACCUGCGGCAGCAGCAGCAGCAGCAGCGUUAGACACGCGUUUUCGGAGCCGGACGUCGUGCCCCGAACGAACGAUCGGGUAACGAGGCGGCCCAGGCAGGCGGGCCAGAGGAUCCACCAGUUCGCGCGAGGCAGCCACACGCCCGUCCCCACGACGAACCAGGCCGUCGUCCUGGAUUGGGUCCCGGACAUCCAGCUCGACUCGUACAUCGCCACCGUGGGAAACAUCGUCCGGCCGGCCCACGUCCGUUACGCCUCGCUCGUUCAGCCGAAUCGCGUCUGUCUGUUCGUCAGCGACGCCCAGAUGGCCCAGACGCUGCACGGCCGGACCGUCGUCGUCGAGGGUCACACUCUGCUAGUCCAGCCGCUGAUCCAGCCGCUGGCCCGAGUUCUGGCCACCAACGUCUAUCCCUUCAUCGAGGACCAAACGAUACGCGACCACCUGUCCGUUCACCACGGAGUCCAGGUGAGGGACGUCGUCCACGUGGGCGCGGACAGCCAACUGCCCGAGUACGGCCACGUGCUGGGCUUCGCGCGCCACCUCUACGUGCCGCCCGAGCAACUGCCGAUGAUCCCGGCCAGGAUCACGGGCCGACAGGUCGACUGGCCGUAUCUGAUUUACCUGGGAUCGGAGGAGCAGCGCUGCACGAGCUGCCAGCACGUCGGACACCUGGCCAGGUACUGCGCCAUGGACCAACGGUGCAUCGGCGCCUACGCUGGAUCGACGACCGACCGCAGAAGCAGCAUCAGCAGCGGCAGCAGCGCCAACCACAUACCGAGUGAUGAAGGACCACCAUCGUAUACAUCGACGGCCGCGGCGGAUGCGAGUGUGGCGUCUGCGUCGGUACCGAUCCAGCCAAGAGGUGUGCCAUCCUCUCUCGGACCAUCGCCUGGCCAAACAGUUCUGAAAUCGGAGCCGUCGACUGCGACGAAUGCGAAUGUGACGUCUUCGCCGAAGCGGACUAUGCCAAUAGGUGACCAAUCCUCUCACGAACGAACGCCAGGCAAAAAAAAGAAGAACUCGUCGCCGUUGGCCGAGACGCUUGCGGUUUCGUCUCCGAAAACGCCGAAAGUUCAGGACUCGCCGAAACGGUCGAAAGAAAGAAAAGAUGACCUAUCCUCUCUUGAACGCACCCCAAGCAAAAAAAAUCAGAUCAGUCAAUCGUCGUUGACCAAGGCACUUGAGAUGAUGUUAGAUUCUCCGAACGCGUAUUUUUACCCAAAAGGUGUCAUCCUACCCUCUCUCAUGUCAUCGCACACCACGAACCCCCAAUCCAAGCAGGUGAAAAAUACCAUCAACCCGUCGCCGCUCGCUGAUGAUCCAUCCGCACCUCAACCUGGCACGAGCACGGAUCAUUCUUCAUGUCCGUUCGUCGCCGCGACCGUGGGUUCUCCCGCGAGCCAAUCGAACAUCGGCGCGGACCCAUCGGCGGACCCAAGCCCGUCGACCCCGUCGAACGCUGCAGCUGCUGCUGCUAAUCCGUCGACGAGCGAGGGGACGCCGAAGAAGUCGAUCGUGAAGCUCGACACCAUAGACAUCUCGCUGGUUCAGUGCCCUCCCUCCUCGGGGACGAGAUCGCUCACCAGGGCGGCAGCCCGUUGUUCUCCCAGCGGCGACGCACAGCCGCAAUCUGCGGAGUCGCGACCACGACCCGCGACGCCGGGAAUCCGCAGAACCAUCGGACGCCCCAGAAGCAUCAUUCACUUCGACAGGCGGACGUCGCCGGCAGCGAGUAGAUGGACGUAUCGGGAGCAGGGGGAGCAGGAGGAGGAGGACGAGCUACCGCUGACAUCCAUUGAGCAACAAUCGACUUCUGACACGGAAUGAACAGCAUGUAUACAAGGAACAAUUUUAAGCCUAUACGUAUAACGGUUCGACCGAGUCGUAUGAUACGUAUAGAUUUACGUAGCUACUACGUAUGUUGAUAUUUGUAAAUAUGUAUGUAUGUAUAAAGGCUAGGUUAGGACCUAUAAAUUGAUCACAACUUGACCGAUUAAGCGACGAGGCUGGAAAACAAAAUAUAUAAUAUAUAUCGUACGUCUUUGCGUGUAUGUACACCGACACACAAAAACAUCUGAUAGUAUCAUGUACUUUUGUUUUCACACCUCAUAAAUAGAGUAAUUGAUUCACGGAUUUAUUACACUUAACGCAAAACGCUAAUUAUUGUAGUUCCUAAGUUGUUCAUUUUCUUAUUUAAUGUUAGAUUGGUAAACGAACGAUGAUCGAUUAUUGUAUACGUGAAAAAACGUAGAUCUACUAGAUACUUGUUUAUUAUUUUAUUUUGAUUCGGCCGUUGGUUUAUCAUUUUUAUCGAUACGCGAGCUCUCGAGCUAUUCCUCUGUGAGCAAUGAACAAAAAUUGUUUUUACAUUUUUAUGUUUUAAUUGAAGUACGCGCGUACUCCUGUACGUACGGCGUGUAUGUAUGUACGUUGAGUUCGAACGAAAAAUUGACUCAUUUUUUUUUGUAUUUUUAGUUUGUACGCGUACUUAUACGACAAAAAAUCGUGUAAUUCGACUAAUUGUAAUUAUUGAAACAGGAAUUCGGUCCAAAAUGAAAUAAGAAAGAAAAAAAAGAUGAGGAGAAUAAAUUCAGUCUAGAUAAACGUAAA